AACUGCAGGUUUGUUUAUGUGGCCAUGUUGCUGCUUUGUGUUUAAAGCUCAUAGGCAAAGGUUUUCAAUUUAUGCACAUUUGAAACUUUAUAUGUUAAAAAAACCCUCUGUAAUUUUCUUCUGGUCCCAAGAAGUAUUGUUAAUAAGUAAUAAUUAAAAUAAGUUAGCGCGGAUCGCGGCGAAUUUCUGCUCGGCGAUUUCCGUGACCACUCGGCGCGUGACGUCAUUCAAGCCAAACAAACCGGCUUGAGUGCAGACGCGCGUUCAGGAAUUUCCAAAGAAAAACCAUGCCUUAUUGCUGUGCAGUGAACUGUAACAACGGGACCGGGUCAGGAAGAAGUUUUUACCUUUUUCCGAGAGAGGAGAAGAGGCAGAGAGAGUGGGUUGUGCGCGUGAAGCGAGAGGGUUGGCAGCCGGGUAAAUACGCCGCUCUGUGCUCCGAUCACUUCGACGACGAUUCAUUUUUGAAGAAUCCCCAUCUGUUGGAGAGUUUAGGAGUCAGUGUCGGACAGAGAAGGCUCAAACCUGACGCUGUUCCGACAAAAUUUGAAUGCAAAAUCAAGCAGUCAAAGGAGAAACAGACCAGCAACGCUCAAGCAAAAAGGAGAAGAUUGGAGGAAGACCAUGGACCACAAAAAAGGAGAAAAGAAACCUGUACGACAACAGGCGAACAACUGCAGAGAGAAAGACUUUCUUCAGCAUCAGGCAAUCAAACACAUACUGCAGACUUAGAUUUGACAGUAGAUGGGAGUGAGGGCAAUCACACUCAACUAAGUUUGCCCCGGUCAUCACAAGGGAAGAAAAGUGAUCACCUCGUGUCACCUGAUUAUGGGCCGAGCAUUUUCACACACACAAAGUCGUCUGCAAAACGACAAAACACAAAAGCAUUGCAGAAGUCUGAAAAGCGACAAAACCUGAAGAAAAGGAAACGUGGAAGUAGAAAACAAGUUACAGCAGAAUGUGCAGUGCUUGGCCUUCGAGACACUGAUGUAACCACUCCUUUUGAAUGCUCCACGGAUUCCACUGAAUCAUCUCCUGAAGUUGCAGAUCUUGAAGAUGAAGGAAGUGCAGAAGCUUUAGAUGAAAAUGAAACAUUGUCCUUUGAGCUUGAAUGCAGAAUCCUGAGGAAGGAAAAUCGUACUUUGAAGGAACAACUGAAAAAAUACUCUCUUUGUCAGGAGUCUUUUUCAGAGGACAAUGACAAAGUGGAACAAUUUACAGGUCUUCCAACAUAUGGGAUUAUGAUGGUGGCGUUCCAGUUUAUACGGCCUUAUUUAAAUUUAAACAGGAAGUUUUCAUCUUUCCAGCAGUUCCUGCUGACAUGUAUGCAUCUUCGACUGAACUUAAACUUACAGUUUUUAGCCUACUUAUUUUCCAUUUCUUUGGAAACUGCAUCCAGAGUAUUUAGUAACACAUGUGAUGUUAUGUUCUGUCGCCUCGUUCCGGCGCUGGUGAUCUGGCCAGAUAGGAAACAUUUACGGCAAAGUCUGCCAGUUUCAUUUCAACAAAACUUUGAGAAAUGUUGCUGUAUAAUUGACUGUUUUGAAAUAUUUCAGGAAAAACCGAGUGAUGUGGAAACACCGAGAAAAACCUGUUUGCAGAAUAAAAGCCACAACUCUUCAAAAUAUCUGAUCGGUAUUGCCCCACAAGGCGCGGUUUGUUUCGUUUCUCAGGGGUGGGAUGGUCACUGCAGCGACAAACACAUAACAGAACAUUGCGGAUUUCUGGAUGAACUUUUGCCAGGGGAUCUGAUCCUAGCAGACAGAGGGUUUGAUGGAGGUGACGCUGUUGGAUUGCCUUCUGCAAAUGUAAACAUUUCUGCGUUUACUCGGGGAACAUCCCAAAUGAGCGCGUUGGAUGUGGAGGGCACAAGGGUGCUCGCGUCAGCCAGAAUCCAUGUUGAGAGGAUUAUUGGAAUGGUUCGUCAGAAAUACACAAUACUGAGCAAUACUGUGCCCAUGUCUCUUGUACAUUCAAAAGAUAAUGGAAUAACAUCUUUGGACAAAAUAGUACAUAUCUGCUGUGCACUGACGAACCUGUCUGACCGCAUGAUUCUUUUUGAGUGAAAAAAAUAAAGUGAAUUUUGUCCUUAUUUGAAACCCUCAUUUUAUUUAUACAUGAUGUCUGAGCAGCUACUUUUAUAGAAAGUAUUUUUAUUUGUAUAAUACUUAUGGCAAAGACAGCUUAAAAUUCU